AUGAUGGUAGUGUGCACCUAUGCCUCGGGAGUGAAGCUGGGAACUGCCAGUAGGAACCUCUCUUCCCAGAGCCGCUCCGGAGCCUGCGGCAGCAGCAACAGCGCCCGCGGGGGCGGACUCCGUGCCAAGUGCUCUCAGACUUCCCCGUUGACAGAACAAGACUUGAUUUGUGACGGGGAUGUGCAGGGAAAGGGCUUCUCCCUCACACAAAAGACCCUGGAAGAGACAGCCCUGGACCCCCUCCCACAGUACGGGUUUGUACAUGUCAACCUCAGGGACCAAGUCAGCCAAGCUAAUUUCUCCUCUGUCACCGAGUUCUUGCUGCUGGGGUUCUCCAACCUUGGGGAAAUCCAGCUCAUCCUCUUUGCUAUAUUUCUGUGCCUGUAUCUGAUCAUUCUCAGCGGGAACAUCACUAUCAUCACUGUCAUACGCCUGGAUCGCAGCCUCCACGUACCUAUGUACUUCUUCCUGGGGAUUCUUUCCAUCUCUGAGAUUUGCUACACUCUUGUCAUCCUGCCCAAGAUGCUCAUAAAUCUGUUGUCUCUGCUCAGAACAAUCUCCUUUGUCAACUGUGCUGUUCAGAUGUUUUUCUUCCUUGGUUUUGCUGUCACUAAUUGCAUGCUGCUUGGGGUCAUGGGGUAUGACCGCUAUGCAGCCAUCUGUCAUCCACUCCGGUACCCUAUCCUCAUGAGCUGGCAGGUGUGUGGACAACUGGCAGCCACUUGCGCUGUGAUCGGCUUUUUGUUCUCACUGACAGGCUCCCUCUUAGUCUUUGAGCUCCCUUUCUGUGGCCCCAAUAAGAUCAACCACUAUUUCUGUGACAUCUUGCCGGUUAUCCAACUUGCGUGUACAGAAACCUACAUCAAUGAGCUGGUCAUCUUCAUUGGUGGAGUUGUAGCACUCAUGACGCCCCUGACUUUCAUCUGCAUCUCUUAUGGAUUCAUUGUCCACACCAUCUUGAAGAUCCCAUCGGCCGACGGCAAGCGGAAAGCCUUCUCCACCUGUGCCUCCCACCUCACUGUGGUCAUUGUCCACUAUGGCUGUGCCUCCUCCAUCUACCUGCGGCCCUCAGCCAAGUUCUCAUCCAGCAAAGACAGGCUUGUGACAGUGACUUACACAGUUGUGACUCCACUGUUGAACCCCAUGGUGUAUAGCCUCAGGAACAAGGCCAUCCAGAUGGCCAUUUGGAAAGUGAUUAACAGAAGAGGAUUUUAUCCUAAAGCUCUGUGA